CAUGGCGGCAGGAGGCGGCUGACUAAAAAGAAACGCUAUGCAUCUUUAGCAACCGUUUUCCUCAGUAAUAGAUAAUCUGCUCUCGUUGAUCACAGCAUGGAGCCCGUUCCGUUCACGGAGGAGGUUUCGGAGAGAAAAGUAUCUGUUGUCGGCUCAGAGUUGGUGGAAAACUACACUGUUUACAUCAUUGAUGUGACGGAUGGACAGCACAGGUGGACUGUGAAGCACCGCUAUAGUGAUUUCUAUGACCUCCAUGAGAAGCUUACGGCAGAGAAAAAGGUUGACAGACGACUGCUUCCUCCUAAGAAGAUCUUGGGAAAGAACUCAAAGAGUCUUGUGGAGCGGCGGCAGAAGGAGCUGGAGCUCUACCUGCAGACUCUUCUCCAGCAGUUUCCUCAAGCCACGCCCACACCGCUCACCAACUUCCUACAUUUUCAUCUCUACGAAAUCAAUGGCAUCACUGCAGCGCUUGCGGAGGAGUUGUUCCAUAAAGGUGAGCAGCUGCUGCAAGCCGGCGAGGUGUUUUCUCUUCGUCCUCUGCAGCUCUUUUCCGUCUCCCAGCAGCUGCGGAUGGCCAAACCAACCUGCUGCAAUGGAGAUGCCAAAACAGACCUAGGACACAUCCUCGACUUCACCUGUAGGCUGCGGUACCUCAAGAUUUCUGGUACCAGAGGUCCAGUAGGAACCAGUAAUAUUCAGGAGGCGAGUCUCCCCUUUGACCUGUCUGUUUUCAAAUCCCUGCUGCAAAUAGAGAUCACCGAGUGCAGCUCUCAGCAGAUUCGUGGUUUGUCCUCUCUGAGGUCGAGCUUGGUGACGAUGAGCAUCCAUCGCUCCACCGAAUCUAUGAUGUCUAUCCUCGUCCCAGAGGCGAGUGAGUUCUCGCAGUGGGAGCCUGAGGGGGUGGAGUCUGGGUGUCCGGUCACCGCUGUCAUCCCUGUGUGGAGAAAUCUCACCACGCUGGACAUGAGUCACAACUGCAUCAGUAGCAUCGACAUCUCAGUGAAACUGAUGCCUAAGGUGGAGUUUCUGGAUCUGAGCUACAACCAGCUGUCCUCAGUGGAAAACCUCCAGCACCUGUACAAUCUGGUCCACGUGGAUCUGUCCUAUAACAACCUCCGGGUUCUGGAAGCAGCUCACACUCGUCUGGGGAACAUCAAAACCUUGAGCCUGGCUGGUAACCAGCUGGACCGACUGACCGGUCUCACCAAGCUCUAUUCUCUGGUCAGCCUGGACCUAAGCCACAACCAACUGGCACAGUUGGAGGAAAUCAGGAACAUCGGUUCUCUGCCCUGUCUGGAGAAACUCAACCUGUCCAGUAACCCCAUAUGCAUCAUCCCAGACUACAGAACCAAAGUCCUGGCCCAGUUUGGGGAUCGUGCAGCAGAGGUUUGCCUGGACUGUAAAGUAACGACGGAAAAGGAGCUGGACACUGUGGAAGUGUUGAAAGCCAUUCAGAAAGCCAAAGAAGCCAAAGACCGCAUGAGCGGCAACGACAAGAAGAUCAGUGAGGAGACCAGGCUUUCUGCUGCUGCACCUCCUCUCCUCUCCUCCUCCUCCUCCUCCCCUCUCCCGGCCUCCUCUUCCUCUCCUCUCCCAUCCACCUGCUCUCCCUCUUCUGUCGCUCCUCCCGCUGCUGUCACGUCCUCCUCCUCUUCCUCUUCUACCUCUUCGGCCCAGCAGGCUGCCUGCCCCAGCAAAGAUGUGACGAACAGAGAAGAAGCCCCAGUUCCCCCCAGUGUUCCCCCUCCUGUGGAUCCUACACCUCCCCCUGCAAGCUUUAGCACCAACACAAACCUCCCGUCUGCUGACUCUGCACAGAUGCAACAGCCUGUUGUCAGUUUGUCUGAACACACUCACUCUGGGGGUUCUACAAGCAUUACUACUGUUACUACUUCUACUUCUGCUACUGUAUGUUGUGUCUGCUCCUCUUCCUCAUCCAGACCCGUUGAGGCCAGUUGCUCCUCGUGCAGUGCUGCCUGGUGUCCUCUGCUUCCUUCUCACCUGCUUUCCCUUUCCUCCUCCAACAAGGACUUCAUCACCCAGCUUUCGCAGCACCUCAGCUCCACCCUGAGGCAGCAGAAGAUGAAGAAGGAGGGGGAAGAGAAGGAGCAGGAGAGGGAGGAAGAGAAGAGCUCUGAAUCCAGAGAGGUUCAGUCUCAUGUAGAGGGCACUGAAGUGGGCAGCCCCAGUCCAGGGUCCACUGAUGGCUACUUUGAGAUGAGUCUGGAUGACUCUGUGGAGGAGCUGGUCGGCCCCUCCUUCAUGUCGCUCCCUGCUCCUACUGCAAAGGAGCCUGGUGGCCAUCAGGAGGAGCAGAGUGAGGAGAAACAGGAAGAGGUCCAGGUCCGCCAGGUUCUGUGGUGCUACUGUGUUCAGGUGGAGGAGGAGGAGGUGAAGCAGAAGGUGGCAUGCCUGGUGCUUGCGGACCAACUGUUGGGCCUGCUGUGCUCAUCACAUGAUUUCACAAGGGCCAAUCAGAACAUGGACCAAGAUCUGAGUCUGCCUUUGGAGGAAGUGCUGUUCAGCCUCCAGGUGGACCUCCUGCUCCCGUACUCCCAGCUCUCACUCUCUUCCCAAGCUGAGCUCCCAGACUCCUGUCUUGCCUUUGGACUGCAAGCAAAACCAGCCCGUUUGUUCUACAUCUUCUCUGAGGUUGAGGAGCUUCAGCAGAUUAGAUCUGAGCUCACGGUGCUGCUUCAGGUUGACCCAGAGCUCUUCAACACUCGUCAACUCCUUCCCCGCUCACUCAUCAACUCCUGGGAGCUGGAGGAAAGUCAAGGGGCGCAGGGAGGCUAUCCCAUCCUCUUCAUGCCCUCCUCUUCGUCGUCUGCCCUCAACACUAAUCCCCUCCUUUCAGACAUCUUAUCUGAGGAGCCCAGCCUCCCCUCUCUUCUCUUCCUCACCCACCGACAACUGUGGGUGCUGAAGAUGGACUUCAGAGAGCUGUCAGAAAUAGAGAAGCCCAAUGCUGGCCUUCGUCAUCUCUCCUCCUCCUCCUCCUUUUGUAGGCUAGUCCGUGUACCCCUCGGCUCUGUGGUGCUUCACCCCAGAGAGAGAGAUGCUCAGGUGGGGGACAAAGUCAGCAAUACAUCCUGCUCGGACCCACAACAUCCCCAGAGGAGGAGUCACACUGUGGAGCUGCUGCUGGGUGAUCACAGGCUGCUGGUGUGCUUUCCUCUGGUCCAGAACAAGAGCUCCUUUCUGGGGGAGCUGAGCCAACGAAGGUCUGCUCUGGAGGGGCUGAAGGUGGUGGCCCUGCCCCGGCCCUCCAGGCUCUGUCCACAGCAAGGCCGUUAUAGAUCCAGAGACCAGUGCUGUUGUACCAAUACCAAGCAGUCACAUGGCUCCAGCAGCUGGGACUCUUCCCGUCUUCACAUGGAGGAGAACCAACCCUCCCCCCACCUCAUUCCUGGUCUGUCACCGGGUCUGAAGCUCAUGGCUGGACUGGGAGAGCAGCAGCUGCUCACCUACUUCCACAGAUAUAUAGCACAGUCUGAGGCGGAGGAGGUGAGACAGGUGCUGUGGCUGUCUGUGAUUCUCUACAAAUCUCCUGAGACUGAACUCACCUGCUGUCUGCUACUCUCCACUGAUUCAAUCUACUUCCUGUUGGAGGAUUCGGCCACUACACUGGGUCAUCACUCAGUGUUGGACAUAUCCGACUCUGGAGAUCCAGACACAUGUCUGUGCUGCUGUAUGUCCAUCAGACUCUCUGAUCUGCUGGCCGUCAACGUUGGGCUGUUUGAUCAGUACUUCAGAGUCGUAGGUCACUCAGCAGAUCAUGUGGUGUGCUGUCUGAGCAGGGACAGCUAUGGCACGAGCGUUUUCCUGCAGGAGCUGAUGUCAGCUCUCAGUCUGCAGCAGCAGCUUCCUCCUCCAGAGCCAUCCGAUCAGGACUUCUACUCGCAGUUCACCAACACAAGCACAGGUAAGAUGCAGAACUACGAGCUGGUCCACAGCAGCAAGGUGAAGUUCAUUUAUCCCAGUGAGGAGGAGAUGGGAGAUUUGACCUUCAUCGUAGCAGAGAGGAAGACUCCCGCAAGCGUGGCGUCCCCAUGCUCCUUUAACGUCCUGCUGUACCUGCUGGUCUUCCAGGUCCAGAUCCCCAGCAGUCCACCCAGCCAAGGCUCUGCACUCUCAGGCACCCCCUCUUCUGAUUUAGGCUCUGCCCGGUCUCCAGUUCUCCAGCCCAGGACUCUGAUCCUAACCAGCACCGAUGUGUUCCUGCUGGAUGAAGACUAUGUCAGCUAUCCACUGCCAGACUUCGCUAAAGAACCUCCAUCCAGGGAGCGGUACCAGUUGCGUGAGGCCCGGAGGAUCCGCGACCUGGACCGGGUGCUGCUGGGCUACCAGACGUACCCCCAGGCUCUGACUCUCGUGUUUGAUGACCUGCCCGGCCCCGACCUCCUCUGCCACCUCACCAUGGACCACUUUGCUGUCAGCAGCAAUGAAGCUAAUCCCAGAGGAGGUGUGGCCAGCAGGGGUGCAGAGGGCGAGGUGCAGUGGUGCAUUUUUGUCCCGGGAGCCGACAGCAGAGAGAGGCUGAUUUCGCUCCUCGCUCGACAGUGGGAGGUGCUGUGCAGCCGAGAGCUUCCUGUUGAGCUCACGGGCUGAUUGGUUGACAGCGAUGACAGACAAACAGGUGACUGCUCAGCUGCUGGUUGGUGGGUGGAGUCAUCAUGUGAUUGGGUUCAUUUACACAUGGACUCAGGGUUUGAUUGGUUUAAUCUCAGUGUUGGGCCAUGGAGUCACUGCAGGAGGGACAUCGGGAAGAGAAAUCUGAUCUGAAGAUGAGGAGAGAUUUCUAUGAGGAGGAUGAACACAAAAUUAAAUUUCCUCCCUUUUUUGGUUAAUAAUUGACAGAAAUUAAUAAUAACUGGGGAGGAGUCGUGGGUGAAAAUAUUGAGACUCACUGCACUAGAUGAUGAAAGCAUUUCAGUGCUUUUUUUUGGGGGGGGGGGUUCUCAGCAUUUCGGUUCUUUGAAGAUGGAGGAACAGGCCACCGAUCAAACACAGUUUGAAGCUUAGUGAGACUUUAUCCUGAGCUUAGACUUCUCACUAUCAGUACAAUUGCAGCCCAGUCAGAUGAUGGAGGGUGUCGACUCUGGUCAGAACACAAAAAGGGUACGUCAUAAUGGGCGAAAACCAGUGAUGUGACUUUGGUUCUUCCACUUCUUUGAUGUUGACCAGUAGAAGCGCAGAAUGCCACUAAGCUGUUUAUAACUAAACAUGAUAGUGAUGUUAUCAGAGUUGUUUGGAUUAUUUUGGCCUUCUGUAGUGAGCGCUACCAGCUGCGUAAGGUUGGAGGACCCACGGCCUGGAUCAAGUUCUGCUUUGCUCUCAACAAGUGUUUACACAGAAAGAGAGUAGAAGUAGUGACCAGAGACCGUGAAGCAUCAGUGAAAUUCAGCGACCUGUAGUGAUGACGGGAGAAAGAACCAUUGGGCGGGUCCUGAGUAAAACUUUGAGGCCAAUGCGAGUAGGAUGGGGUGCCAAAUAGAAAAGGGUUGUCAAGGCUAAUGGAGAGCUAUGUGAAGCAGAGCGGGGGGACAGAGUCACGCACAACACUUUCGUUGCUGUUUUCUGUUUACAUUCUUUUCCAGGAAGUUUCUAUCUGGCGCCUCCUUCCUGAUGUUGUGAGAGAUGAACACGAUUGGUCAUAGAGCAAAAUGUCGACCGUUAUGUCUCUCAGACAAGAAAAUGCAGAAUUUUAUGACCCUGUAAUCGCCUAAUCUGAGACAGUGACCACCGUAAUUUGAAAAAUCUGAGCCAAGCAGUCAUUCUUCUUACAGAUUGGUGGGAAUCUGGCUCAUUCCCCCUCAGUAGUGUCUGCACAUCACUGGAUUACAGUGACAGGAGAAGAGGCCCGUGACCUUGUACGAAGGUCACGGGAAAUCCUGAGACUUUUUUUUUUUUUGGGCACAACUUCUCCUUCUUGUAAAGCAUCUAACCAUGAAUUGUAUAUUCUUUUUUAAUUUUUUUAAUUUUAUAUUUUUUUUCUUUUUGGGUGGGUGGGGGGUUGUAGAUGUUGCACACACAAACUGGAUUUGCACAGCAUUGGGCGCUGCAGAGGGUCCACAGUAGCUCCAAUACUCCUAAUUCAGGAUUAUGUUCUGGUUCAUCUUCUAAGACUCCAUCUUAUCCAGAGUCGGAUCUGAAGGUGGAUCACCUCCAUUUGCUGGACAUGUUUAGCCUAGCUUAGCACAAAUACUGGAAGCAGAGGGAAAAGGCUAGCGUAGCUUUAUCAAAACAGGAAAGAAAACAUUUAAAUAACUCCAAAGUUAUUUGAUUUACUUGCUUUUAUUUACUGGCUUUAAAACCAAAAAUAGCUUGUGUGUGUGUGUGUGUGUGUGUGUGUGUGUGUGUGUGUGUGUGUUCCUAUUCCUUCAUGUGUUCAGCCUGACUGAUGAUGAGAUCGGGGGGUUUCAUUUGAAAUAGCACAAACACACAGCUGCUCGGCACAAUCUUCUCUCUGAACAUUUUAUUUCUUGCACAUUGUAACUGAUGAAGCAGUAUUACUGAACUGUAUAAUGAAGCUUUUUAAUAUGAUAUUAAUAUAAUUGUUGCUUUUGGACAGACGGAUGUUUCCCAUCCUGAAGCUUAUUUUGUAAAAAGACACAAGGGUCCUGAUAUUAUUAUCAUCAUGAACUCUGAAAUGUAGUAUUAUCAUCGAGUGUUAUUUUUAAUAUAUUUUGCUUUGUGUUUUAUGUAAUUUUGUUUUUCUUACAAUACAAAUGACACAUAGGAUGCUCUCCCACCCGUCACCACUGUUGUUUAACAUUAUUGGGCAUUGUAAACGGGAAAUACCACUGAAUUAAAAUGAAACUGAAAGCUUUCCCAUGAAAUAUUAAUUCCUAUUUUGGCGGUUUGGUUCUUUGAAAAAAUCAGCAGGAUUUAACCACAGUCUGCAAACUUUUCAGCUGAUGCAGCAAUCUGACCAAAACCAAAGGAGGUCUGGGUCACUCUGCGCUUCUGUGGAAAAUAACUGACACAUGUCUGGCUCACCGGGAGCAAAAGAAAUAAAAAGAACUGCGAGUGAUGUGCUGAUUACACUAGAAGUCAGUUUCUUACUCAUUCUGUUACUUUUUCGUUGGCGAUGAGAUCAAAA